GAGAAUUAUCAGCAGAAAAUCUAGUGACUCUAUUCUAGCUAGUAAAAAUGGAAUUCCAGAUUUAAUUCUGAUUUAUUUUAUUUAUUUAUUAGUUUGAACUUUGAAGAGUGAAAAGGAUUGUUGUUAAAUACAGUAACUCUUUCUGUUUUGUCACAAUCGUCGGGUGGAUGCACGUGGAAGGAUUUACUUUCCGGUAGCUAGGCCAAAUAAGAAGAAUGUCUCGUUCGGGUUGUCAUACUGAGAGAGGGGAAUUGAGGAUUUAUGAAAGUUCGGAUGAGGUUGCAACUGAAUUAGCGGAUUAUAUUGCUGAAUUGUCCGAGGUUUCAGUCAAGGAGAGAGGAUUCUUUGCCAUUGCAUUGUCUGGUGGUUCUCUCAUUAGCUUGAUGAGAAAACUCUGUGGAGCGCCUUAUAACAAGACCGUGGAUUGGACCAAAUGGUAUAUCUUUUGGGCAGACGAGCGUGUCGUGCCAAAAAAUCACGCGGACAGUAAUUACAAGUUGGCAAAGGAUUGUCUCUUGUCCAAGGUGCCCCUGAUUCCAAGCCAUGUAUACUCCAUCAAUGACUCAUUGUCUGCAGAGGAAGCUGCUAGCGAGUAUGAAUUCGUCCUACGUCAAUUGGUGAAGACCCGAACAGUUGGCGUUUCAGAGAUCAAUGAUUGCCCGAAGUUCGACCUGAUUCUUCUUGGGAUGGGACCUGAUGGACAUGUCGCAUCACUAUUCCCAAACCACAUGAUACUUGAAGAGGAAGAUGAAUGGGUCACAUACAUCACCGACUCUCCCGAGCCUCCACCCGAAAGGUUAACUUUUACUUUGCCAGUCAUCAACUCAGCAUCCAACGUCGCAGUUGUUGUGACAGGCAUCGGCAAGGCGGAAACUCUACACUUAGUAAUUGAUGAUGUGGGACCAGAUUGUUCAGUGCUACCUGCUCGAAUGGUUAACCCAGGUAACGGGAACUUGGUGUGGUUUUUGGACAAAUUAGCAGCAUCAGAACUCGAGGCCUUCAAGUGCACAGAGCAGGAAGGGAAAUCCAGAAAGUGAAUAUCAUGCUCAGAGAGAACCGGAAAGUUAAUCAUGCUCAGAGAUUCAGACUCAGUUAUGUAUGUAGGUGCCAGAACUCAAACCAUAUGGAACUCUUUUGUUCCAUUUUUUUCAUCCUUAAAUCGUUCUCAUUUUGCAAUUCAUUCUCCUUUUGCUCUCUAGUGUUCUGUGUCUGUGAAUUUCCUUUUUGUUGUUGUUAAUAAACAGCCUCACAAGUA